AUGACUAAUCUUGUUGAGGUGUUAUUAAUUUUAUUGACUGGCAUGUGCCGGCUGAUGUUAAGUGCUUUUAUGGCGGGUCACCCAGGGGCAUUUUUGAUUCCGUACUUCGUGAUUCUGGUGUUCGGGGCCCUUCCUCUGUUUUUCAUGGAGCUGGUGCUUGCCUGGUCCUUCUACUAUCUCGUCCACUCUUUGACCUCUGUCCUGCCCUGGUCACACUGCAAUAAUGAUUGGAACACUGAAUUAUGUCAGGAUGAACCGACCUUUUACAACCAGACUCACAGAAACAGCUCUGCAAUUAUCAACGUUGAUAGAACAAGUCCCGCCCAAGAAUUCUUCGAACGCAAAGCAUUGGGACUACAGAAUAGCCAUGGUUUAGAGAACUUGGGCCCAAUGAGGAACGAGUUGGUCUUCUGUCUCAUGGCCGUCUUCAUCCUCAUCUACCUAAGCCUCUGGAAAGGUGUCAAAACGAGUGGCAAGGUCGUCUGGGUGACAGCGACCAUGCCCUACUUGGUCCUGGCCAUCCUGUUCGUCAGAGGUCUGUUUCUGCCAGGAUCACUGGAUGGGAUUUUUUACUACCUCAUUCCCAACCUUUCUAAGAUUGGAGAAUGGCAGGUGUGGAUAGACGCGGCUGUUCAGAUAUUUUUCUCUGUUGGGGCAGGUUUUGGAGUCCACAUCGCCCUGGCGAGUUACAACAAAACUCACCACAACUGCUACAGAGAUUGUCUGAUAACAGCUUGCGUCAACUCUGCCACUAGCCUCUUCGCUGGCUUCGUCAUCUUUUCCUACCUCGGUUACAUGGCCACUAGAUAUGGAAGAGAAAUUUCGACUGUGGCAACUGAAGGUCCGGGACUUGUUUUUGUGGUGUACCCUGAAGCGAUCGCUACCCUGCCUGGCUCGGUCUUCUGGUCGAUCAUCUUCUUCAUCAUGCUCAUCACGCUUGGGAUUGAUAGUGCCAUGGGUGGAUUGGAAGCCCUGCUGACUGGGAUUAGUGACGUGUUCCGGGUGGAGUUGAAGAAAGUGAGGUUCUCACGGGAGCUGCUGACGCUUGUAGUCGUCGUUCUGGCGUUUCUCUUUGCCCUGCCAAAUGUCUCAUCGGGUGGUGUAUACCUGGUGACAUUAUGGGACGUGUUUGCCACAGGGCCUGCCAUUUUGUUUGGCGUGUUGAUGGAAGCAGUUGCUGUCAGCUGGUUUUAUGGGUUGAAUAAUUUCUGCGCGGACAUACAAUAUGCCCUGGGUUUCUACCCCAGCAUCUAUUGGAGGAUUUGCUGGAAGUAUAUCAGCCCCCUACUGCUAUUGGUCAUGAUACUUUCCAGCAUCAUAUGGUUCGAACCACUGCGAUACAUGUUGAACACCAAACAGCACUACGUCUAUCCCGGCUGGGCCAACGUGCUCGGUUGGAUGAUCACCUCGUCCAGUAUCAUCUUCAUUCCUCUGACCGCCCUCUAUCUGCUCACCUGUAAGGGACGCCGGACUUUCAGAAAGAAGCUGGCACUCAACAUAUCCCCGUAUUGGGAACACGAAGAAAUAGAAAAUGGCGCCGAAGUCACAAGGUUCAAGCACAUGUGUACAUUCAUCAACAAAUUCAAAUGUGAAAAACCCCAUAAGAGCAAAUAG